CCGUCCGCGCGGCCCGCGGCCCCGCCCUGCCCCGCGCCUCGGGCCGCAGAGUGCGGGCGCCGGGCGGCGGCCGGGGAGAAGCCAUGUACCGGGUGCCCGAGUCGUACUCGUUGAGGAGGCGGUUGGAGAAGGGGCCACUUUCCAAGAUAGAUCAAUUGGGAUUACGAUUAGGGAUGUGGUACUGGAAAGAUGAAACCAGAAGUCUUGAAUUUAGAAGUUUUACACCUGCGGUAGAACUCAAGGAAAAAGGAAAGAAAGGCAAAGUAGUUCACUUUGCUGAAAUUGACGGUCCAGCUUCAGAGAGGUUGACAGAUAAAAGGCUUGCUUCAAGAGAUGAUAGGUCAACUAAAUCUCUAGAAAAACGAGGUCUGCUUGGCAACGUUACACUAGAUGAUGCUAAGUUCGUUGCUUUGCUUUUGCUACAAGAUACUGAUAUGCAGCGGAUCUGUUCUUUUACAACAUUUAUGAGGAAUAAGCAUCUUGAUAAUUUCCUCAUGGCAUUAUUGUACUAUUUAUCUCAUUACUUGGAAAAAAACUCACUGGAAAAGAAACCGAAAAGCUAUAUGGUGGGCCUCGUAGAGAAAAAAGAGAUGGAAAUGGUCUUAAAUAAACUAGAAGCAGCACAGAAAUACUUGGCGCAGAAGUACUGUAUCCUUGUGCUGGGCUUGGGCAUGCCCGAUAAGCACCACAUGUGCUGUGGAAAGGAGAAGAUAUCAGAUACACAGAAAGACUGGAAGUUCUUUGAGUCCUUUUACACUUUCUGCACAUACGUGGCUUGGAUUGUUUUCCGACGUGAACACUUCACAGAGAUUGGGGAAGAGAUAGGGAGGCUCUUUCGUACCAAUAUGUUCAACAUUCCCCGAAGGAAGCGUGAAGAUGAAGAAUCUGGAGGGGAGAAGAAACGCAUGACUUUCGUACAAUUCAGGAGAAUGAUGGCAAAACGCCCAGCGAUUAAAAAAGCCAUUAACAUGCGCUCUCCAGUCAUGUCUACUCUGCUGCCAUCUCUCAGAGAAAAAGCUCAGAAUAUCUUUGAGAAAAAGUAUCUUCACACAGGCAGCAAACUCCCAGCCCAGAUACAAGAGGAGGUGGAAAGUGUGUACUCUGUGCCCAUGCCAAUAGUUGGCAUCUUGGGGGAGCCUCGGAGUAUGUUCAACCCCCAUACCCUUCUCCCUCUUGAAAUCGAAGAAACUGUGAAACCAACUGGGAAACAUCCUUCCCUGGUCGAAAGAAAUGAAAUGAAGAUUCAGCAUACACUGGACUUAGUCAUGAGAGCACUCGGCUCUCACAUAUGGCCUAGAUAAUCUGGUACAUUCCAUUUCUGUAAUUAAGUACCUGUAUUUGAAGUAAACUGCUUUGGCUUAAUCACUUUA